UUAUCUCAGUUCUCACUCACUGGUCGGAAGGAAGGACACACACCUGCUCCCCCCCAAGGGAAAACCCACACCUUUCUCCUCUCCCGCCGCCGCCGCCGUCGCCGGGCGCCAUGUCGACGGCCGACAUCGCCUGCCUCGAGCACGUCACGGACUGCUGCCUCCCGCCCUCCCCGGUCUCCCCCGCCGCCCACCUCUCCGCCGCCACCUCCUCCUCCGACGGCGAGGACCGCAUCAGCGCGCUCUCCGACACCCUCCUGCGCAACGUCGUCUCCCGCCUCCCCGUCAAGGACGCCGCCCGCACCGGCGCGCUCUCGCACCGCUGGCGCGGGCUCUGGCGCGCCACCCCGCUGGCCCUCGACGACGCGCACCUCCUCCCGUCCCCCGCCCCCGCCGCCGCGUUGGUGUCCCGCGUCCUCGCCUCCCACCCCGGCCCCUUCCGCGCCGUCCGCAUCGCCGAGAUCCGCGUCGACGAGUCCAACGAGGAGGCCCUCCUCCCGGAGUGGCUCCGCCACCUCGCCGACAAGGGCGUGGAGGACCUCACCCUCGUCAACCGCCCCUACUCCUUCGACGUGCCCGUGCAGCUGCCCGCGACCCUCCUCCGCUGCGGCACCUCGCUCCGCCGCCUCUACCUCGGCGUCUGGCUCUUCCCCUUCACCACCGGCCUCCCGCGCGGCCCCGGCGUCUUCCCCCACCUCCAGGAGCUCGGCCUCUGCCACGGCAUCACGGAGGAGAGCGACCUCGACUACGUGCUCGCCUGUAGCCCCAAGCUGGAGACCCUGGCGCUCAUCUCCAACUACGGCUACCCCGACCGCGUCCGCAUCGGCAGCCGCAGCCUCCGCUGCGUGCUUGUCUGGCAUUCCUUGGCCGACGAGGUCGCUGCCGUGUCCGCCCCAAAUCUGCAGCGCAUCAUUAUCUACUGUACGCACCCCAGUGAGGAUGACGGGGUCACCAAGGUCAGGAUCGGCCAUGCUCCCCAGCUCGCCGUGCUCGGCUACUUGGACACGGCCACCCACGAGCUUGAGAUCGGCAACACCAUCAUCAAGGCUGGGGUGACAAACCCAAAUACAGUGGUUCCAAGUGUGAAGGUGUUGGCUCUGAAGGUCCGUUUCAGAGUGCCCAAAGAAGUCAGAACUUUGCUGUGUUUCUUGAGAUGCUUCCCUGGAGUAGAGACCUUACACAUCAUGGCUUCCGACAACGACACCGACCACUACGAUGACCCGGGUGAAGUCAAGCCCAGCGACAUGCUCAAGUCCACAUUCUGGCAGGGGGUCGGUCCGAUCAAAUGCGUCAAGUCGCGCGUCCAGAAGCUGGUGUUCGACCAGUUCACCGGGGGCACCAACCAGGUUGAGUUCCUGAAGCUGGUUCUUGGGAGAGCUGUGCUGCUGCAGAAGGUGAUUGUCUUGCUGGCCGGUGCGGAUUCUAUCUCGAUUCGCGAGGCCACGAACAAGCUGCAGCCGUUGGCUUCCAAGAAAAUGUGGGCGACUAAGGUCUGGGGCAGAACUUCCUUGGAGGUCCGUGGACGUGCGGCAGGCCAGGUUUGGAGGUACGACGAAGCGUCUGAUCUUUCUGUCGGUGACCCGUUUAUCUCUUAAGCCGGCAUCGAUGGAGCGUUUUCAUUAGCUGCUAGAGCAUUUUAUCGUUUGAAUGGCGCAUUUCCUUGUGAAAGGGAACUGAUGUAGCAUUAGCUAGCAGCUCUUUUUGGAGCGUUGGAGAUUUGGGGUUCAGCAACAGAAGGUUGUGGGUUUAGCAACACCGAUGAACUGAGACUUCUCGUGACUUGGAUAUGUAAAAUGUAGUACUAGUUAUCUGCACCUGCAUGUAAUGUGACAUCCCUAGCUCUACUGUUACUUUUAUUUCUCCAAUCGAUGAGAUUUUCAUGGCUGCGGCUGUGGCUUACUUA